CUUUAUUCCGUCUUUUUCACAAUCGGUCGACAAGCAUGGCAGUCGGAAAAAAUAAGGGCCUCUCGAAAGGAGGUAAAAAAGGUAGCAAAAAGAAGGUGAUUGAUCCGUUCUCACGCAAAGAUUGGUAUGAUAUCAAGGCACCAAACAUGUUUGCCCAACGGCAAGUUGGAAAAACCUUGGUUAAUCGUACCCAAGGUACAAAAAUUGCAUCGGAAGGUUUGAAGCACCGCGUGUUCGAGGUUUCAUUGGCCGAUUUGCAAAACGAAAAUGAUGCUGAACGCUCAUUCCGUAAAUUCAAGUUGAUCUGCGAAGAUGUCCAAGGUAGCCACUGUUUAACCAACUUCCAUGGAAUGAAUUUGACCACCGACAAAUUGCGUUCAAUGGUCAAGAAAUGGCAAACACUCAUCGAAUGCAGCAUCGAUGUUAAGACCACCGAUGGAUACUUGCUCCGUGUGUUCGCUAUUGGAUUCACAUCAAAGGACGCUAUGUCGCAACGCAAAACUUGCUACGCUCAACACUCGCAAGUUCGUGCCAUCCGUAAGAAGAUGAGCGACAUCAUCACCCGUGAUGUGACCGGUUCGGACUUGAAGGAAGUCGUCAACAAGUUGGUACCUGAUUCCAUCGCCAAGGAUAUCGAAAAGGCCUGCCACGGUAUCUAUCCAUUGCACGAUGUUCACAUUCGUAAAGUAAAGGUUUUGAAGAAGCCACGUUUUGACUUGUCCCGAUUGUUGGAACUUCACGGUGACGGAAGUGGCGGUAAAUCAGCUGAAGGUGUUACCAAUGCCGAAGGUGUCGUUGUUGAACGCCCAGAAGGAUACGAACCACCUGUGCAAGAAGCCGUUUAAAUCUACACAUAAACUUUUUAAUCAUACAAAAAAUUACACAACAAAUGUGUACAUUAUACAUCAAACAUUUCCUGUGAAUGGCCUGAGAAAUAUUUUUUUUCAAAUAAAUUUUGGUGCCACUCAUGAAUGGUUAAAAAAAAACAUAUAAA